AGAUGCAACAAACCAGGUUCUAUGGAAAUCUUGGAUGUCUAUCAUGAAAGUCUGCUUUGAUUGACAGUGCCGAUAAUUGAGGAAAUUUCAAGGUUUGUCAAAUAGAAACAAAUUGGUGGAUUCAGAACAAAUACGUAUAAGUAACCAGUCUUUAUAUGGAACUCCCUCGUCGAUGUUUGACUAUUAAGUGAUACCUGAGCUGUUACCACAAUUUGGAGACCCAAUUUCAAACCGGACUCGUCAUAAGACAGAAUACGUCAGGGAGUGUAUACUGACUUUGGUAUCGACUGAAACCCUGCAGAUCGGCGGAACGUUAAAAGCGUGCAUGCUCUGGUCUGGUAUAUCAUGUAUAUUGUUUCAUACCGGACAAAAACAAAUAAGUUAGUGAGAACUAACGGGAUAAACAAGUCCAGUGUAGAUUAUUUAGUCUUAAAUCCCUGAUUUGAUAGCUUAAUCGAAAUGGAAAACACUUAUCAAAACACCACCAGCUGUUGCGAAGAUCAAGAUUUGUAUGAUAUAAGUGAACAUCCCAUGCAUUCGAUUGCGUGGCUAGCCACUGUCCCUUUGACUCUUUCGAUAAUAAUCGCAGUCACUAUAGUGGGGAACGCGAUGGUGAUUGCAGCUUACUUUCGGGACAAACGCAUCAGGAAUAAUGUUGCGAACCUUCUCAUCUUAAACCUUGCAAUAACAGACUUUGUCGUCGGUGCUUUCAUCAUUUCCAUUGACACUGCCUGGAUCAUCAAGGACGUCUGGACCUAUGGAGAGGUGUUCUGCAAAAUCUGGCUAGACGUUGAUUUCGUAGUCACCAUGAUGUCUUUGCUCACCAUGGUACUAAUCAGCUGGGACCGUUACUGUCUCCUGACGAUGGGGAUGCGGUACAAAACAUUCCAGACUAAAAAGCGUAUUUGCGUGAUUCUUACCAUUUCUUGGACAGUUGUUACUCUGAUAUACACAUUCCUUGCUUUCGGAUGGAGUCCCAUUACCGGUGAAUAUAACGUAGAUUAUUCACAAAACUGUGAAAUGGAGUUUACAUACAACGUGGCUGCAACGCUCGUCAUCAACAUUUUCGAAUUCUUCAUUCCGUUUACUAUUUUAAUUAUCCUUAACAUUGCUGUGUAUAGUAACAUAAAACGGAGAUCUAAUGGUACCGUCGGUCAAAGCCCUUCAAUACAUGCGUCGGCUAGGUCACCAAAGAGAAGCUUUGGGCCUGGAUCUCCAAAGAGGGUAAACUACCAUCCUCCAGACGGUCCAUCUGGCCCAGUAGCAGUCUCACCUAGACGCGGUGGUGAUGCUGUUGAAGCAAAUGCAACUAGCGAGUCUACUGACAACCGCGCAGAUGGAGAAAACUCCCUCACAAGACAACUGUCAAAUGAAAGAGACUCUACUUCAAAGAAAGAAGGUCGAACAUUCGCUAGGCAUCGAAAAGCAGCAUUCGUGUUAGCCAUCCUUAUCGGCUGUUUCUUGCUCUGUUGGUUACCCUACCAAGUAACAAGCGUAAUGUAUGCAGUCUGUGAUACCGAUUGCGUCUCCACUCGUUUGUGGGAGGUCACGAAUUUACUUCUUUGGUGUAACUCAACCAUUAAUCCCUUCAUCUAUGCUGCUACUAAUGUCCACUUUCGUCGAAACUUUAGGAAGUUUUUGUUGCUUGAUCGUUGGGCUUGUGACUUUAAAAAUUGUAAAUUGAAAUGUCAAAAUGCCAAUCAGAUUCAGGUUGCCACAGGAAGCCUUAAUGACAGCACAGUUACCUAAUAUCUGCAAAGCGACCGUCUUCGAUCUAGAGAGUUUCCUUGGAAACAUGUCGGAAGACCCAGACACGAAACCUUUGUCAAUACAAUAAUCAGACUACUGCACAUCUUGCGCCUGUGACCAUAUAAUGCAUGUGAUAAGUAUAAAAAUAAAACAAAAAUAAAUGAGUUGGUACCAAUGGUUCUUAUAACGUGUAUUAAGGGACAGGUUAACCGUGAUAUGACUUUGAAGAAAACGGUAGGAGCUGAAAGAUCUUACUUAUCAGCUGUGUAUGUGAUGUAAUAUAACAGUGAAUCCCAAACAAGAAAUCGUACCUGAGAACUGCUUCAGAAGGGUGAAAUAUGAAUUUCUCUCUUUCUCUUGAAAAGAAAAAACAUUUCAGAGGCGCCAGCUCCCCAAUAUUUCACACGUUAUUCGAAAAGUUGCUCGAAAAGAAGGGUUUUUUUUAGAUGUGAAGGUCUGAAUGUUGUCACAUGUCAUCCCAUACAAUAAAUAUUCGUUGUAUUGAUUUCCUCAGGAGAUUAAAGCUUGGUCCAAUUGUACUAACGGAUGCAGAGAGGAUGUAAAACAGAAAAUAAUCUUGCCAUCAAUUGGAAAAUGUUAUGUAUCCGUUAUGUACCCUUUGCUUAUGUGUUUCAUACGCUCUAUAUCCAUCGAACAUCCGUCCACUGUAAUGUCAUUGUUCGAUCAUUUUGCAGUUUUGUCCAGUGUCUAGAGCAGAUAAAAACGGAUGGAGCCACCUCGAACUUUUGCUUGUCCGCUGUAUCCGUUAUGAAUGCGUUUUGUGUCCGUUGGCCAGUGGGACGAGACCUUUAAAGGCCUGUCCGGUCCCGCUGCACUUACGACGUACGACGUAAAUCCGCAACACUACGAGAAACAAACGCCCCAUCUCCGUUAUCAUCCGUUAAACGGAAGCGGAACAACGGAAAGAGGGAUGAAAGAAAGGUACAUGGAACGUCUAUAUAUUGCUAGUAGCGCGGAAAUAGAGAGAAUGUUAAAGCGUAUGCAUCUCGUAUAAAGUAUUCAAACCUCCCCUGUAAUGCAUUUGGAGGAGCCAUCCACUUUCGUCACCUUUCAUACGCUAGGCAUUCGAUAAACAUCCCCGCUAAAUUAUACCAACGUCGGUAUAUUUUCCGUUAUGUUUUCGACAAUUCUUCGCUAAUUUUGCCCAUUUUUUGAGCGGAGGGAAACGGAUGAAGCGUCCCCUACCAUAAAUAGUAGAGGACACGAUAUUAAAUUUCCCCCUACUAUUUUUGGUCUGUUAUGAUGGAGAAAAAUACAUCAUUCACAAUCGAAAUAAU